CUCAAAAAAUCCAUAAGGACUGCUUACAUCACGUCACAGAUCAAACCACCCCCAACUUGGUCACCAAAUUGUCCACACUCUAUAAAUUCCAUUAAUUUCAUUACUCCAUUUGUUCAGAUCCAAGAUGAAGAGGCAGAGGGGUGUGAGUGUGAAUGGUGUUAGGCCCAUAAAUCCUCCUCCUCCUCCCAAUGUUGAAGAUGGGAAGAAGAAACCAAAGAAAGAGGGUGAGCAGAAGGUGGAGGAGGAAGAGAGGAAAGAAGCUAGAGACAUGGUGGGUGGGUUUUUUCAGCAAGGAGCAAGGGAGGGUGGCAUCAUGGGUUGGAAUUGGGAGGAGAAUAACCAGAAUAUGCCUUGGUUGGGUGGUGUUGUGGAUGAGCAAAUGUCAUGGGGAUCCACUUGGUCCCCUGGUUGGGACAUCGACUAUUUGGGAGGUGAAGCUUUCACUGCCUUGUACAAUGAUGUUGUUUGGGAUGAUGAUAUCUGGAAUCUCAACAACCAAAUUCCGAUUCCCUUACAAACUGUUCGGGAUACCACAAAUGUACAACCACACUAGUUCUUAAGCCUUCAUGCCUUUAUGUUUUCCUUUAGCUAGGAAUGGAAUUUCACUUUUCUUCUUUUAAUCUGCUAUUUCUUUUUCAAUGCUAAUCUCGCUGAUCAAGGAUUCUAGACCAUCUUCUGUAAGCUUCUCUAUUUCACUUUGUACGUAAAUAUUAUAUAUUUGCCAAAUCUUGUAACU